CUCUUGUGCCACCCUGACCCUGUCCUGCCAGCCCCAACUGUUUGCCUGCCAGGACCCUUCCCCAGCAUUGUUCCAUUGUCAUCCCAGCUGUUCUCAGUGUGGGGCCACCACCUCCCUUUCCUGGUGCUUACCCUCUGGAGGUUUAAGCUUUUGUCUGCCCUUGAACUAGGUGGGACAGUCUGUGGAGGGGAACAGUUCCAAAACUACCUUCAUGACCACCAUGGCCUGCCCUGGUGAAAAUAGUGUCUUUCUAUUGUGGGAGGCUGUGGCACCCAUGGGACAGGCCACCCAAAGAUGGCCCUGGGAACUGCCCAGGAGGGUUACAGUGAUGUGUAGCUGUCCAUCCUUCCCCCAGUCCUGUGCUGGUGGAUGGUGCCCAGCGCAUUAACUGUCCCAGCACAAGGCAGUGUUGGCCUCAUCUUACGAGGGGGGAGUGCUCAGGAGGCUUGAACAAUGUUCCUGCUGCCGGGAAUAGCUGCCGGCUCUGCCUGUUGGCCCCACGUGAGGCCAGUCUCCUGCUGUCAGGCUGCCAUGUGCUGUGGGGGAGGCCAGGCAGCCUUGGGGACCCUGGCAGGGCUGUUCGGAAUGUUCCACACCUGAGGUCAUCCUCUAAAGCAGCACAGAGGGGCCAUGACUCCUGGCAUGCCAUGCUGCCUGCUGCUGGCUGAGAGGCUUGAGAGGACUCAUUGCCUCCCUUUGGGGUAGGCAGGCCCCCCAGGCCCCUGCCCUGCCCAAGGUGCCAGGGAGCCUCAGGCAAUGUUGGUGGCUGCAGCAGCAUCCGAUUGCACAGAGAUGGGAUGAUGGGAGCAUCUUGCUUGCCCGGGUGGGUGGCACAGACACAGGUGCCAUGCCUGUGGGAUGAUCCUGGAUCAUGUCCCUGCUCUGCUGAGCCUCUCUUGACUGGCUGUCACAGGUUCUGCACACCGCAGCUCCCCAUAACAAGCACAGGUGUCCUGGCCAACCCAGGGUGUGGGGGGGAUCUCUUUAAGAGGGUGUAGGGCUGGAGAGGUGAGUCAGGGCCGCCAGAAAGCAGGAGGGUGAGCUCAUGGCAAAGCUGCCCCAGUCAUGUGGAGCAGCCACAGCUGUUGGUGCCCUUGGGCUGUGGGACAGAGGGGCCAGCAGCAUAAAGCCCCACAGCCAGCAAAGCCGCCGGCAGCGCCAGGAGCCAGGACUGGGAACUCCCUGCCUGUGGUAGCAAGAAGAAGAGGACACAUUCUGCAUAGGACUGUGCAUUGCAGGCAGACAUGGAGCUGGAUGUGGAACGGGCCAAGGAGCUCAUUGAGCAGAAGCUGGCAGAGGAGGAGAAGGAGGAGAAACUCAAAGGGGAUGGUGCACGGGAGCCGCCGGCCGUGGAGCGAAUGAACACGCCUGAGCUGGAGGAGGAGAAACGCCGUGGCCCCAGGAACUGGGGUCUUGAGGCCAUCAAGGGCCAGGAGAAGGUGCGGAGGAGUUCAGUGGAUCUGAGGCGGGAGAUCAUCGACGUGGGGAGCAUCCAACGGCUCAUCGAGCUCCGCAAGCAGCGCCGGCAGCGCCGGGCAGAGCGGGCGGCCACUCCUGAGCCCACUCCACCUCCUGAGCCCCUGGAGAUCGAGGGUCCUGUGGAGCCAGAGACCUUCCUGCGAGCAGCUGUCCAGGGCAAGAUGCACGUCAUCGAGAAGUUUCUGGCAGACGGCGGCUCCCCCGACACAUGUGAUGAGUUCCACCGCACAGCCCUGCACCGCUCCUCGCUGGAGGGACAUGUGGAAAUCCUGCAGAAGCUGCUGGACAGUGGGGCCACUGUUGACUUCAGGGACCGGCUGGACUGCACUGCCGUGCACUGGGCCUGCCGAGGGGGGCACCUGGAUGCUGUCAAACUGCUGCAGGACCACGGGGCAGACCUCAAUGUGAAGGACAAGCUGCUCAGCACACCCCUUCACGUGGCCACCCGAACCGGACACCUUGACGUUGUGGAGCAUCUCAUCCACUGUGGGGUGGAUAUCAAUGCCCCAGACAGGGAAGGUGACACAGCUCUGCAUGAUGCCACACGGCUCAGUCGCUACAAGAUCAUCAAAACGCUGAUCUUGCAUGGGGCUGACAUGAUGGCCAAGAAUGAGGUGAGCGUGUGGGGCCAGCACCGAGGCCAUUUGCUGCCCCACGACGUUGUACCACCCUGUGCCCAGCCUCUCUCUGCCCACUCUUGCAGGCUGGCAAGACCCCGACUGACCUGGUGCAGCAGUGGCAGGUGGACACACGCCAGGCACUGGAGACCAAGGAACAGCCACAGGGGGAAAUGGAGGUCCCUGCAUGAUGGCACCAGGCAGGGACCAGGGGCUGGUCUCAGCUCCAAGGAGCUGAAUCCAGACAAGACUUUUCUGUGUCAAUAAAAGUUAGCAAAGAGCAGCAUUUGGCUCCAGGUGGCUUUGAGGUUGGGCAGCUUGCACCGGAGUUGAUGGGCCUGGGAAAGCUGUGUUAUCCCGGGAGCAGACUUAUCUGGCAGCAUGAUGAGCCCUGCCUCUUAUCACUAGGACUCAAGUAUUGGUGACUCCAAGCGGUUCAAGGGCAGGACUCCUCACUGCAGGACACCAAUUGCUCACAGUCCUUCAGAGUUCCACCUGGGCAAGCUCAGGGAGGAAAAAUACAUGGAGGACACUCAACCUGACUCCACGUUGUGCUGGAGACUGGGGCUGUGCCAGAGAGCAGCAGCUGUACCCAUGCUGGACAACCCUCUGUGGGGUUGGGUGGCUUCUUGUCCUUCUGCCUUUCCUGCUGCAGCCAUUCCUGGGGGACACGUGGUCCCUUUGCACACAUGCCGAGUGCAGUGCUCACUGCUCCC